AUGGGGAGUACGGGAAUCCCCCAUCAGUACCAGCCACUGUUGAAUGUGUCGUUGGGUGAUGAAGUUGCCGUGUUUCAUACAGAAAUAUCCGGUGAACAAGUGCUUCUCGUGAAGCAAGAACGAUCUUUGCACUGUUUACGGUUAGAAUCGUCACGUGAAACCGCCAACAAGUGGGCGCCUUUGUGGACUCGGGAAAGUUUCUUCGAUGGCACAUCGCGCGAUUUCCAACGUUCGUUCUUCGCUGACGAAUCCGGCUGGAUGUUGGCGAAAAAUCGAGAAGGAUUGCAGUUCUACCGAAUGGAAGGAGACAAUCUAGCGUUGCGGCAUUACUGCUCCGAUGGACGGUAUCGGGAUAUGUACGGGUGGAAUGACAACAGCACGGUGUUCCAGAUGGGUCACUUCUAUUCCGACGGAGGUAAGAUCGGAGUUUUUACGCGAAAUAAACGCGGAGUCAUCCGAUUUGAACAAAUGGUGGAAAGUGUCGUCCUGGAGGGUGGAUCACAACCUCUUUGGCAGUUGCAUGGUGCGCAGAAUGUGCCGGAAAGUUGGAAAAAUUCGACAACGCGACUUGAUUUGGCGAUCGUCGACGGAUCCGGUCAGUAUGCGAUUGUCGAACGAUCAUCAAACGUGAUUAGCGUGUACAAGAUCGAUGAGAAUUAUCACCUACAAGUGAUUGGCAGCAUGGCGGACGUUUCGGCGUUUUCACCCCAUGAUAACGGACGGAUUUUGUUUGGAUAUAUGUUUGAGAACAAGGCCUAUAAGGACAUGUUGAUUCUCAGCUCUGCUGGGUUGCAAUUAUUCGAGCGUGAAGGCACCAGGUAUGAAACUACCGCUCGAGCGAAAAAGAUCUCAACAGGAUUAUUUGGAUUUGAGCAGAAGUAUCGAGAUACAGCCCUUAUGUUCGAUGUCGAUGGUGACGGAAGAGACGAACUGUGGCUUACCGGACCAGAAGGAAUUGCUGGAUAUCACGUACAGGCGGACCGUCUCGAACGCAUUUACUACACGCUACAACACGACGAUAAUGUACGUUACGCGAAAAUCAUGGGAACGGUUUCUGAGGGAACCACCUCGAGAGUGAUUGCCUUUGGGGGAAGACAAUUGGUGUCGUUUGCAUUAUCUCCAUCAACAAAUAUACAGCCUGAGAAAGCCGUUGGCAAGGCCCGACCGACUCCAGAUAGUGGUUCAAUUUAUGUUUUAAAUUCGGACCCAGAACCAUCGGUACAAGCGUCGCUAGCAGAACAGCUAGACACGUCGUUGCUGAUGGAACCAAUUAAUCCGAUGAAUGGAAACCUAGAAUUCGGCAUACCGCUGUUGAUGGUAGGCAAGUUGUUUAAUCUAUCUACAACCAAAUUCAUUACCUAUCAGGAACGCUCGGACGCAACGGGAUCUAUGGGUGCUGGUUGGUCGUUACAGAUAGAUUGCAUAUUCAUCGAUCGUAGGAGCAGCAUUUUUCCAAACGAUCACCGUUUCUAUCUGAUCCAGGAUGGUUCAACUUCUUUACUGUCAGCUAUUGCUGGUGGAGCCGAUGACUCAAGUAACGAACGAAUUGCAUCAUUUACUAUCGAUGGCAAAGAUCGAACCAAAAUAACAUUUGAUAAGGAAGAAAAUCAGUGGAAAGUUGUGAACGAAAAUGAGGAGAUUUUCACCUAUGGAACAUACGGAAAUCGUAGGUACGUCAAAAUGGAACCCGGUUCCGAAGAUUGGCCAUUUCCCCACGAUCGCGAUCAAACAAAUAAGACCCUCCCAUCAGUAUGGUACUUGAUUCGGCACUCCGAUCGUGCAAAUCAGUGGAAGGAAUACUCUUACACUCUAGAUACCCAGAAUGACGAUUAUCUACUCGACGCGAUCACUACCAGUAAUGACGCAUCGCUAAAGUUAUCCUACUGCAACCAGUUCCAGAAUACACUCUUUGAUGGCUUCACAAUCCGCAGCAAAACCUACACUCAAACAGUCAACCUAAAUUACAUCGAGCAGGAUGGAAUUGUACGUCUCAAGCAAAUUUCACAACGAAACAAAGCAGUUUUGGAAUUCGAUUACGAUGGACCGAGUGGUGCCAUGAGUAAAAUCGUUUAUCCAAACGGACUAUUAGCCAAUUUCGAUUAUACCCUAAUUGAAAUUGACCCGGAUGUGCUGAUGAACAGUUUCGAAACUCACUCCAGUCCACGGACUGCCUACGGCCCAACGUACCUCUUGAUCGCUGACAUCACUCAGUAUGGCCAGGUACGUCUACGGAUAAGGGACGCCCUUGGCUCAGAUACUAUUCAAAUGGAUGGGCCAUCGAUUCCUAUGCUGGGAAAACUUCCAGUCGUAAACUAUGAGAUGUUUGCGGGUGAGACCUAUUUUGCGGUGUUACUCCAUCACGAUGCAUCGCAGUCGGAAUUGUGUCUUUUCCAAUCGCAUGGUGACUCGUGGGUGACCACUCCCGUCUACCUCAAACUCCCGAAAGAAACGAAUGUCCGCGCAGGGCAGGAUUUUCUGCUCGCCAUCGAACAUCAUCGCAUAACCGUUGUCGAGCGACAGGACGGCAAAUGGAAAGCCCAAAAACCCUUCGAAAUUGAACAGUCUUCACUUCUGUACUACUUCUCACACGGUUUUCUGUCGUAUAACGAUCGCCAGCUAAAGAUAUUUGUACGGCGUGGUCACCAAUGGACACCGGAGGUGUUAGAUAUCCCAGCUGGAUUGCUUAAAGGCAGCAAUGCAGUGUUUGAUCGGUUCGAUCAUCUGCACGAUACGAUCGAAAACCUCAAGCGAGGCAUCCGCCCUGACGCUUUGGGAAUGUACCAUAAUGUGAUCGUAUUUCGUUCGCUGCACUUGGACGGUUCCAAGCUGUACAGCAGGUUGCAUUUGCUUCAGCUCGAUCACAAGCACAAAAUCAGUCGCCGGCAAGUAGUUGACGUUACUAUUGAAGAUCUCGAUACGUACACUUUCAAACCCCCGGAAGCAAACGGUAAUACGUUCGUCUUCGGAUAUCGCCUAGAAAAUGGACGAUUCCGGCUAAAAGUUAUCGAACAUCACGGAAAACUAAAGCAGGAGAUUGAAAAAAUUAAAGAACAAAUUGAACAGGACAUCCGAGAUAAUCCUAACGCACCAGAGGAAGAAAAACGUCGAUAUCGACAGGAAUCGCACGACAAAAUAAACGCCCAGCAGGAGGAAUUGUUUCGUAACAUAACCUCGGAGAUUCCGUUCGCGAUCGAUCCUUCAAAGCUGGGGAUGAUCAUCAACGACGCGUAUAUUAUUACCGCCAGCCAUAAAACACUUUUCGAUGGCAUCGACUGGAGCACGGAAAGAAUUCCCCAAGAGCAACUUACACUGAAUAAUAUCUCGGUCGAUCUUGGUCCGUCCUAUAAGCUGGUAAGAACACAUCAAAAUGCCACCUUCAAUUUGGUUGGUGAAAAUCAACUGCCCGUGUUUGAUACCGCCACUAGCAAUGCAAGUGAUUUAUUCAUCAGAUAUCCUGCCUUCAUUGCUGCACAAGGAAACGGCACCGAUGUAAAGCUGUUUGAUUUCAAGAGGCAUGUUUUAACUACGCUUCCCGAUGGGGAAGUGCUUGAUGCAAACAGCAAUACGCUCGCAGUCAUAAGUUCUACUACUGAUGAGAAGAACUUGCUGGUUCGAUCGAUGCAUUCGUUCGGUGUUACGCGGCAAAAUGUAGUCUGGCGGCAUGAGCUAAUCGAUAGACGUAAAAAAGCGAUAGCAAACUACUAUGAGUUUAAUCCAAAAACAGCUAAACCUUACAUGGACGGGUUUCUGAUGCGAGAUGUAAAGAUCGUUCCCGCCAGUACUCAAGCACCGCAUGGGUGGUUUAAGGUGCACUAUAAUUUUGCCAAUCACACUAUGAGUAUAAAGUCGGCGUACAAUUCCGAUGGAGAAUUCCUAAAGCACAUCGAACCAGCUGCAUCCGCCAAAGAUAAUCGAAUAGAUAUUGACGGUGUUCUUGUGGCACGUGACGGGAAAUCGAUCGUUGCUGAUUUUCGACCCUACCGAUUGUCUCAGGAAGUAGUCUCCUAUUAUGGGUUUGAGCCUUAUGAACAAAACAUUAUUGGACGUGACAAACAUUGGAGUUGGAAAGGAGGAGCAAUACGAAAAGAGUAUGGCAAUCAUUUUCUACGUCUUGGUCGUGCAGGAUCCAUAACCGCAGCUAUGAUACCAACGGUUCCAUACGACACACUGGUAGUAUCCUGCUGGAUGAGGGGUGCCAACAAAAUGGAAGAUAUCGGGAAGCAGCUUUCCGUGCGGUUUAACGAUAAAACCGUGACCGGAACAGUUCAGUUAUUGGCUGGAGAUUGGACAUACGUGGAGGUGCUGGUUGAAGACACUAAUCGACUUCAAAUAAACGUAGCAUCCGGAAACAGCUCCAUCCUGGAUGUAGAUCAUCUGCGAGUGAUUCCUGCUCAGUUGAAUCUUAAAGUUCAAAUUUACGACAAUGCACUGGGCAACGUACGAUCAACGAUGUAUGCUUCAGGAUUACUCGCGCAUCGUCUCUACGAUUGCCUUGGAAACGAUCGAGGCAGCAUAGACGAGCAAGGAACUGUAGAGCAAUUGUCAAUUGUUUCACGCACCAACAAUUCCCGCAUCGAAAUUCAACCCGCUUUAGGAGAGAUUCUAGAAGCCACACAACCUAACCAUUAUUCUGGUUCUUAUAGGUACAAUGCGGAGACGGUCGUUUUAAGAUUUCGGUAUAGCAAGACAUUGAAGACAGGUGAUGUAAAGAUCGUCCUGAGCUCGGGAACUUUUUCCAUCAAAAUAACGAAUGAAAAAGACGCAUUUUUGAUUGAACGAAACAAUAAGAUAAAAGUUCCUUCCGAAGCUGAAAUUGCUAUCUUCUGCAGCAGCAACCACUACAGUGUUUGGAUCGAUGGUCUACUGUGCCUAGAAAGCCGUACUAUAAAAUCAGGACGUGCCGAUCGGUACGAAAUCAAUGGCAAGAAUGUGCAUGUUUGGGAUGCAGUUCUGCUUUAUGAUGCAAGCGUAAAAGUAAUCCACCUUACCGACUUUGGUAUGCCGAAACAGGUACUGGAGUUUAAGGAAGCGAGCAAGGUUGUCCUACAGGAGAUUGUGUACGAUGAGCUUCAUCGGCCAGCCAUUAAAACAAAGUGGACUGAGCUUGACAGCAACAAUUCGUCGAUGUUAUUUGCCUACCGAAAUGACUUUAUAAAAAACGAAGAAAACGUGUGGAAGCAUGGUCAAGUGGAAGGCUUAGUGACGGAGCUAAACGAGGAUUGUGAAGGAUUCCCAUACAGCCGAACAGUUUACGCUGCAAACCCGCUUGAAGAAAAAACAGUUCAAUCUCUUCCCGGAAAACCUUUUGCUAUCGAUGGGAAAUUUGCCAAACAUUUCAACAGCGAAUCGAGUAUAGAUUUUCUAGAAAACCUUUUCCCGCGUUCCACCGGAUAUCGAUACGACGACGAAAGAUAUCCUGAUCAAUCGAUCAACGUUAUAGUGUAUAAUAAACGAGACCUCAAAGUGGCUGAGUACGUGCGAACUCAUCAUGGCGACCAUCAUCUUACCACAUACCAGUAUGAUACCAGCGAUCGUUUAAUUUUACAACUGCCUCCGUCGUACCACGAGCUAGCGGAUACUUUCUCCAGAACGAGCCCAUUUUUCGAGGACAAUUUCACAUCCGAGCAAACCGAACUACAGCGAUCAUGGGCCAUUAGCUACGAGUACGAUCAAAGCACAGGUUUGAUGACUCGCAAAACAACUCCCGAUGCAGGCAGUACUCUCUACAUGUACACACCGGAAGGAUUCUUGCGUUUUGUUGUACAACCAAAGAAUCGCAACGUCAUGUACUACACCUACUCUCCACUGGGUGAACUUACCCAGAGAGGUAUCGUGGAGUUAGAGAUGUCGGAACUUGCACAAUAUCUACCUAACGACUCAAAUUUACCCGUUUCAUCCAACUAUAUUCUAUUCGACCGUGGUACGAACGAUGUGGCUCCAUUACAUCGACACCGCGUCGAAAGCAUAAGGAAGAUUACGAAUGAUUCCAUCCUUUCUGACCUGCUGAUGUUCAAUCACCAGGGACAGCUGAUUACCAGUGCACUGCACUCAAAUACGAGUGACUUUUUGGCGAUCGGAUAUAAGUACCAAAAAGCUCAGAUUCACGAGAUUCAUUAUCCGAUCACGGUGCGGGGCAAAAAGUUCCGCCUACGAUACGAUUACGACCAUCGUGGGAAGUUGACAGCUAUCACAAAUGCUGCGACUGACCAGAAGUUUGUGCUGAUUGAAAACAACGGCAUGGGACUGCCGAAACGUAUGAUCAUGCAACCAAACACUUCUCACGCCUACCAACGAACUUUCCAGUACAAUCAGCCAGGUUACUUGACAAAGAUCGAAGAUCCUUAUUUAUCCGAGUCGAUCGACUACAUCGGAACUGGAUACGGAGGUCGGCCGAUCGGUGAUGGCACCGUACAAGCAACACGCUUCAAUGCCACUUGGCACGCGCAUAGCAACUCCAAACUUCUGAAACUUAAACCCUCGCAUCUUGGAACCGGACGUAGGUCGAAGCUUUGCCUGGACGCCCUAACAUCUGCAGGCUAUCUGGAUGCACAUGGGAGACCCGUAAAAAGCCUCUAUCCUAUGCUUGAUUUGAACCUACCGAUUGUUUGCCGGUUGGGAGCGUUUGGGCAUCAUAUGGCUGCGGUGCUGGAUGGCCGGGGAUUUCCGCAAAUCUACGGCCACAAAUACGACUACGGAAACCAUCGACAACUGAUCCGGGCAAAGUAUUUCCAGAACGUGGCCGAGGAGUCAUACGACCCGCUAAGAAGCGGCACGUUUGCAGCAAUUCGUGGCAUAACUAGGGACAAAUCGGUGGAUAUAUGGAACCGGUUAAGAGAAGCUGGAUUCAUACACACGGACUGUGCCACUGGAAGGGAUAUAGAUUGUCAUGGUUUACCAGGCAAACCAUUGUUCCAUUCGGCAAUCGCUAGCCACACAAUCGCGUCGACUCUCAGCAGUUUGAUGGCACGAAUUAUUAAGCAACGAAAACAUCUCCCCAAAAGCACGUUUGACGAGCUGUGUAGCGGUUGGUAUCGGCAUGAUGUUUCAGACACCGUAACUGACACCUGCAAUGCCAUCUGGACGAUGCUGUCUGAAGAGGGAUUCAUUGGAUCUAACUCCAACUACAGUUUGAAUGCAUUAAACUCAGAGCUGCGCGAUCUACUAGCCGGGUACAAGGCAUAUCUGCCCGAGAUUGUCGGUGUGCUGUACCACAAGUUAGCAACCGCUCUUAGCCACAGCUCUGCUGAUGUACAAUCAUUCUCGAUCGAUGCAAAUGGCAACCACCGCCAUUUUUACACUGGCUUUCGCCGUUAUCGAUUCGAAUACGUCAGUGGUACGAAUAAAAUUGCGUCCGUUUUUCGAACUACCUUCAUAUCCGGUGAUGGUCUAGAAGAAGUUCGUCUCGAUUUAGAACACAACGAAGACGGCAGUGUAACUCGCGCCAUGCACAAGGGCAUCGAACGGAUCGUUUACGACCCGUUGCUCAAUCGACCGUCAGAAAUAACAUUGACUGAUGGUCGACGUUUAAUGUUUGACUACAACGCCCGCGGACAACGUUUGUACAAGCACGUGUACGAUCGAACGGGAAAUAUGAUCAGGAAGAAGUACUAUCUCCGUGACGUGCAGGGAAAGCCUUUGAUCGAGUAUGAUGCGGUUUAUGGAAAGGACACUCCUGAGGGUGGAACAAUAAGAGCCACGGUGUUUCUGUACGCUGAAGACCGGCUCAUCGGUUUCAUACGCAACGAUCAGUUCUACAGUGUAGCCCUGGAUCAUGAGGGUUCGGUAAGGUUGGUAAUGAAAAAUGGCGAAGUUGUUGCGGCCUACGAUUACCUUCCGUACGGGGAGUUGUUACGUUCGUUUGGAGAUGAUCCCAAUGGGCAGCUAGAUUACCGCUUCACGGGCAAAGAAUGGGAUGAGGAAACUAAUCUAUACGACUUCUACGCCCGGCUUUACGAUCCCGAGCUGGGACGCUUCCUGCAGAUGGACCCUAAGGAGCAGUACGCCAGCCCGUAUCUGUACGCCGGAAAUUCGCCCGUAUCCCUCAUCGACCCGGACGGCCAGUUUGCAUUCCUCAUAGUAGCCGCACUGGCGGUCGGUGGAGCUUACGUUGGUGCUUCCGCAGCCAACAAUUCCUGGAACCCAGCGAAGUGGGAGCUUAAAAAGGCCCUUGUCGGUGGACUGCUCGGCGGGAUCAUGGGAGGUCUUGCACCGGCUGGAAUUGUUGGAUCCUUUACCGUUCUUUCGGGCUACAUUGGCGCAACAGCAGCGAUCGGUGUGAUGACGGCGACCUCAGUAGGGUUCGCGUACUUGAGCAUCGCUGCCUCCAACAACAGCUGGGAUCCAAGCAAGUGGGACUGGUCACAGCCAGGCACGUGGAAUGCGCUCUUUGUCGGAAGUCUGACCGGAGCCACCCUGUUCAACGCAGUCGGUGGGCUUCAGAAGGCCUUUGCAAGCUACACAGGACUAUCGCGCACUUCGUUCGUAAUCGUAACCGGUACCGCUACGGGCGGGUUUGCGUUCUACAUGGGUAGCACGGCUAACGAUGGUAGCUUACGGUUUUGGGAAUGGGACUGGAGUAAACCGGGUACGGUGUGGGGCGUCAUUAAUGGCGCUAGUUUUGGGGUGCAUGUAUCGCCCAAACUACACACCGUUACCGAGCUGGUUACGAAACGGUUAGAAACAUGGAAGGAAAUUGGUCAGUUGGUGAAGACCGGAAAUUUGGAAGCUGUAGCCAAACACCUGAGAACGGAAGUCGUUGCAUGGAAGCAGAUAUUCAUAGACACUAUUAAGGGGGAUAUAGUGAAAGAUGCUAUGGCAGCAGGCAAAGCUGCUGGUCUGAUGGGACCAACAAUCUUGUUGGAUAAAAUUCCUACGAAGGGGAUGGAAGCGAUUGAAGAAAUUAUGACAAUAAAAAAAGUAAUUGAUGGUGUGAUUCGUAAAAAACUAAGGAGCAAGGAACGACGAAGUGUUGCAUACAGAAACGCGUCAAAUACUGCGCUGUGUUUAAAUUCAGGACGGUUCCAAUUGAACAUGGGGACGCCAAAAAAUGAGAUAGAUUUUUCCAACGAUCUACUCUGGAUGGUUUCGAGCUCGAGCCAAGUAUCCAGCUGGUUGAGCAGCCUUAUAAGCAAUAUUUUUGGGAUGGCCAAAAAUCAGCACACUUCUACUAACAACCCACAAACCACUGCUGUAAAGCCCUUUUCAACCCACAAGAAGCCACAUCGAGCUGCAUUUCAGGUUCCCAAUUGUUUCCAAACAAUUUCCGAAAAUGCCAUAAGCCGAAUCGUAUGUUACGAACAGUACGGAAUUUCGUAUGUCUAUCCUUACCAGGCAAGCGAAGCAAAGCCCAUCAUUGAAGAUCACUACUCAUGGUGUUAUCCAUUGGAUUAUGACGGUCAUCCUUCGGUUGCUUGCAAAGGCAAAAGCAGUUCAUACAUCUUUAUCCCGCACAACAGACACGUCAACUAUCUUGAUCAUUUGAAUGGCACCCUCACGUUGUUGCUAGUUGCACCAACUAUUGUGAAAAAUGUGGCAUCCUUUUUCGGAAGGCUGUUGACAAACAGGAAGGCUGCACACAAAAAGCAGGGAGAACCCCUGCUUAUCUCCAAGCAAGAGCUGACUGAUUUGGAUAGAAAGCUUCAGCACCUGCGGCAAACAGUAAAAAUUCAUCGAAAACUUUCAGAAUACGGACAGACCAAUAACGAUUGGUUGGACAUUGUUUUCAUGGACCUCGACGAAGAUAUCCGGACAUUCCUAUCCUGUAACGAACCAACGCGUUUGUUACACCGUCAACUUCAAGAUCGCAUUGAGGCAUUCGCUGAAGAGCUGGCUGAGAGCCAGCACAUUAUUCUCAACCAAUUGUACACCGGCCAGCACCCGAUUUUGAAUUCAGCUGUCAUUAACAAUCGUAAAACUAACUUCGAAACAAAUUAG